GUUACUGGCUGGUAAAUCAAGCAAAGCUCCCUUAGCUGGCGGGAGGCUCCUGGUUUUGCUCUAUUCCGGAGUCUAGUUGCUUGUGCAUUGGGUGGCUGAUGCCUUGCUAAUUACGACGCUGGAAACAUGAGGUACAUCAGCACUCGAGGAGAAGCCAAGAGCAUUGACUUUGAAGGAGCCCUCUUUUCUGGCUAUGCACCGGAUGGUGGCCUUUUCAUGCCCCAGGAAAUCCGUACCCUGGACUAUAACACCCUGCGAACAUGGAGUGCCUUCUCCUAUCCAGAGCUGGUGAAGGAGCUGAGUUCACUCUUCAUCUCAUCUGAACUAAUCCCACGGAAAGAGCUGAAUGAUCUGAUUGACAGCGUCUUCCGGAGGUUCAGACACAAAAAUGUUGUGCAUCUGGCCAGGCUGAAGAAUGGAUUGAAUGUUUUGGAGCUCUGGCAUGGUGUAACUUAUGCCUUUAAGGACUUGUCCUUGUCCUGCACAGGACAGUUUUUACAGUACUUCCUGAAGAAAAGGAAGAAGCACAUCACUAUUCUAGUCGGAACUUCGGGAGACACCGGUAGCUCGGCAAUUGAAAGUGUGCGAGGGGAAAACAACAUGGAUAUCUUUGUUCUCUUACCCAAAGAUCUCUGCAGCCAGAUACAAGAACUGCAGAUGACGACGGUGAUCGAAGAUAACGUCCAUGUGUUUAUUGCUCAUGGAAAUAGUGAUGAAAUUGAUGAGCCGAUCAAAGAAUUGUUCGCUGAUGCAGAUUUUGCUAGAAAAUACAAUCUGAUGAGCUUGAACUCAAUCAACUGGUCUAGGAUUAUGGUGCAGAUCGCUCACUACUUCUAUGCUUACUUUCAAUGCACUCCAUCCAUGGACAUGACUCCACUGCCAGCUGUGGAAAUUGUUGUGCCAACAGGGGGUGGAGGAAAUCUCACAGCUGGAUAUAUUGCACAGCAAAUGGGACUUCCAAUCCAACUCGUUGCUGUUGUAAAUAAUAACGACAUUAUCCACAGGACAAUUCAGCAUGGAGAUUUCUCAUUCUCGAGGAGUGUUAAGUCAACUUUAGCUUCUGCAAUGGAUAUUCAGGAACCUUACAAUAUGGAGAGAAUCUUAUGGCUGCUUUCGGACUGUGAUGGCAGCUUGAUUAAAACUCUGAUGGAACAGUUUUACAUGUCGAAAAACCUUACACUCCCAGAAGGAUUGCACAGAAAGCUUUCUGAAGCAAUGAGCUCAUGUUCAGCAUCUGACGAAGACAUUGUUCAGGCAAUGAGACGCUGCUGGGAAGAUAAUCGCUACCUGUUAUGUCCCCACUCAGCUGUGGCUGUUCACUACCAUUAUAAGCAGUUGGACUGCCAUCUCAGCAACAGACCCAGGUGCUGUUUAGCACCCGCCUCAGCAGCAAAGUUCCCAGAUGCCAUGCUCAGAGCAAAACUUGUUCCUGAAGCCCCACCUGAGAUACGAGCUUUAAACGUGAUGGAGACCAGGUCCACAACCCUGAGGAGAGAUGAUGACUGGGCAAGAACCCUAAGAGACAGAAUAGAAGCCAUUGCCAAGCGCAGACACACAUAGGUGGAGUUCAUCUGAUCCUGAAUAGUGCCAUGCCUGGGCAGUUCCAUAUAAAGGACAAGGCUGACUUAAUGAUGCACAUUCUUUCUGAUAAUUUCCC